AUGGUAGACAAUCAGCCACUACCAGCUGCUCAAAAAAUGUGGUACUUGAAAUCACAUGUGACAGGUGAAGCUGAAAAAUUAAUAAGUCAUUUCAGCAUAACGGAGGACAAUUAUUUGGCAGCUUGGACAUUACUGCAAGACCGUUAUAAUAAUAAAAGGGUCUUGGCGUCCACAUUAAUCGAUGAACUUCUAAAUCAGCCAUCAGGCACAUCAACUGUAGCAGCAGUUAAAAAUUUACAUGACACAACGAAAGAGUGUCUAUUAGCACUAAACAAUCUUGGCGUUCAAACGACAUUUUGGGACCCAAUUUUGUUACAGGUACUAAUUAAAAAACUCGAUCGGGCGAUGCUCAUUAGAUAUGAGCAAUCUCUGGCAAAACCAAAAGAGAUACAAAACAUUCAGGAGUUUUUAGCCUUUUUAGAACUACAGUUCCAACUGAUGGAAGUUGUAGAACAAAAAGAUAAGGUGGCUAUAAAAAUUAAAGCAAAUCGAAAUAACUCAGUGUCAUCGGCUGUAACAGUUUCUAAAGGAAACAACAAUUGCAAACUGUGCAAUGUAGACAGGCACCCACUAAAUGAUCAUGUGGUGAACAAAUGUUCAUCAAGAAGUUGUACCAAAUGUAAUAAAAAGCAUAACACGUUGCUACAUUUGGAACUUAACAACCAAACAAAACAGAACAUUCAACCUAGCUCAAGUGGGUACAACACCGCAGUUACCACAGCGACAGCAAACACAUCCACAGGUCAUCGUGAUUAUGUUCUCUUGCCAACUGCAAGAGUCAAAAUAACUGCAUCGAAUGGAAAUACAAGUGAAGUCCGAGCAUUACUAGACUCUGGUUCGCAAGUGAACAUAGUCUCUGAGCGUCUUGUCAAAAGGCUCAAUAUAUCAAAAACAAAAUCGUUAUUGUGCAUAGAAGGUAUAGGAAAGGUGCAAAAAAAUUCAACGCAGCGAGUUAACAUCAAAUUGCAAUCACUUAACUCAAGGUUUACUACAGAAGUCGAAGCGUUUGUGCUUCCAAAUAUAGUUCCACCUCAACCAAGUUGCAGCUACGAUAUUUCCAAAUGGAAGGUCCCGAACACCAUUCAGUUAGCAGAUCCAACAUUUUUCCAACAAGGGAAAAUUGAUAUUUUACUCGGUGCGGAGUUCUAUUUUAGUCUGUUAAAGAAAGGUAAAUUAACGCUUGCUCCUGGGCUUCCAGUCUUGCAAAAUUCUACACUUGGCUGGAUUGUCAGUGGCAAGGUUGCAUCAAAUACAGACAAAUCAAACGUUUUAUGUGCAGUUUUUGGCGGUGGGGCGGAGGUUGUUGAUAAUAACUCAUCGUUAGAAGAUGCAAUUGAACGAUUAUGGCGAAUGGAUGAGGUGAAUACACCAGAAAGGACAUUAUCCAAAAAAGAAAAAUUAUGCGAAUCUCAUUUUGUGCAGAACGUCCAUACAAAUAAAGAAGGACGUUUUGUGGUAAGGUUGCCGUUUCUGGAAAACUCAUUGACGUUAGGGGAAUCUCAAGAAACAGCCUGGAGAAGGUUCAUCAGUCUUGAACGACGACUAGCAAAAAAUGAUGUUUUGCGGAAACAAUAUGUGCAGUUUAUGGAAGAGUAUGAGCGAUUGGGUCACAUGACUGAAGUAAACUUGGAUUCCAUGUUGACUCCAAGAUAUUUCAUUCCUCAUCAUUGUGUACUAAAACCAGAUAGUACAACUACUAAACUUCGAGUGGUGUUUGACGCAUCCGCCAAAACUACAUCUGGACACUCGUUGAAUGAUUUAAUGUAUAACGGACCGACAGUUCAAAGUGAACUCUUUUCAAUUCUGCUCCGUUUUAGGCGACCACGGUUUGUUUUUACCACAGAUAUCGAAAAAAUGUAUCGUCAAGUUCUGAUAAAUCCUGAAGAUCGACGCUAUCAACUUAUCAUUUGGAGAAGCAGUCCAAAUUCAACGAUUCGUUAUUAUCAGCUAAACACAAUUACAUAUGGGACUCGAGCAGCUCCUUACCUAGCAACAAGGUGUCUGCAAAAGAUAGCAUCAGAAAACAAGGUGAAUUAUCCAUUGGGAGCUCAAAUCCUGUGUGACAAUUUUUACGUUGACGAUGGGCUCGGUGGAUCAGAUAGUUUAAUUACGGCUAUUGAAGCUCAAAGGUAA